AUGAAGAUAACAUUUUUCCAUGUGGCUUGUUUGGUAGUGUUUUGUCUCCUUGGGGAUUCUCAAGGAGGAAGCCUAAGGAAGAAUUUCUACCGGAAAACCUGUCCUCAAGCUGAACAGAUUGUUCAGACCAAAAUCCAACAGCAUGUAUCUACAAGGCCCGAGUUGCCAGCCAAGUUGAUCAGAAUGCAUUUUCAUGACUGUUUUGUCAGGGGUUGUGAUGGCUCGGUUUUGUUGAACUCCACUUCCAAUAACCAAGCGGAGAAGGAUGCCAUUCCUAAUUUAAGUUUGUCUGGCUUUGAUGUCAUAGAUGACAUAAAAGAAGCAGUGGAGGCAAAAUGUCCCGGAGUUGUAUCUUGUGCUGAUAUAGUAGCAUUGGCAGCUAGGGAUGCUUUUAACAAACCUAUGUGGGAAGUGCUCACCGGUAGAAGAGAUGGCACAGUAUCCUUAAUUGGUGAUGUCUUAGCCAAUAUUCCAGCACCUUUCUUCAAUUUCACCCAACUCAAACAAAGCUUCGCUAAUAAAAAGCUUACAGUGCACGACCUUGUUGUAUUAUCAGGAGGACACACAAUUGGAAUAGGCCAUUGCAACUUGUUCAGUAACAGGCUUUUCAACUUCACCGGAAAAGGUGAUCAAGAUCCUUCUUUGAAUCCAACUUAUGCAGCUUUCUUGAAGACUAAAUGCCAGGGUCUCAGUGACACAACCACAGCAGUAGAUAUGGAUCCUAAUAGCUCUGAAAACUUUGACAGUGAUUAUUAUUCUAUCCUUCUCCAGAAUAAGGGUCUGUUCCAAUCAGAUGCUGCCCUUUUAACAACCAAGGAAUCCAAAAACAUUGUUAAAGAAUUGGUUAAACAAAACAAGUUCUUCACAGAGUUUGCGCAGUCAAUGAAGAGGAUGGGAGCCAUUGAGGUACUCUCAGGCUCGGCUGGGGAAAUUAGGAGGAAGUGUUCCGUUGUCAACUCUUAA